UUUACGCGUACGCAACCACAAAAUCAAGUAAGAACAAGAACGGAAUCAGAAAAACUAAUGCGUAAAAGUAAAAACGUCUCAAAAGUCAAAGUCAAACAUAGUGACAUGUUUGGUUACGUCAUGGACGGGUAAAUAAAAAAAUUACGUUUAUUGACGAGCGAAGAAUUAUUUGGUGAAAAGUUAUUGAAAAUCAUUAAUCGUAAAUCUAAAUCAAUGUGUGAGAAUUAAGGCCAUCAUCAUGGAUUUCUUGACGGUGGACCGUCAGGUGUCUACCUCUUCGGAGAAAAAGGGGGAUGAAUCUGAAGCCAAUGAAGAUCUUGAGGUGGACAAUUCAAAGAGUGUGCUGCUCAAGAUAGCGACCCUGUAUGCAGAGCAGCUGAUGAGUGAUCUGAUCUUGGAGGUGGGAGGAGUUGGGUACCCAGCCCAUCGGCUCAUACUGUGUGCCAGUAGUGAAGUAUUUCAGGUGAUGUUGAUGAACCGUGAGUGGAGCGAGUGGCGAGAGAGUCGCAUCGUGCUGCAGGAGACUCCCACUGCUGCAUCAGUGUUCCCACACUUCCUUAAGUAUUUUUAUACUGGCCAGAUUAGAAUAUCACAUCAUACAGUGUUGCCAGUGCUAUCUCUUGCCGACAAGUAUAAUGUUAAGGAUCUAGUGACGCUCUGCCUGGGCUACAUGUCGCAGCACAUCGCGCAGGCCGCCAAGCGCGGGCAGCUCAUCUCCUGGAUGCAGUACACCAUGGCGUGUGGACAUAAUGACGUCGCUAAGGAAUGUCAGAACUUCGUGAAGUGGAACUUGGAGUGGGUGUGGUCUGACAGCGACCUGAGCGAGCUGGAGGGCGAGACGCUGGUGCAGCUGCUGCAGCAGAGCGACCUCGUGCUGCACAACGAGAUGAGUGUCUACCGCUUCGUAGUUCGGUGGUUGAACCAGCAGCGCGAGCGUCUCUCGGCCUCCGACUUCACGGAAGCCGAGUUCAAGACGCACUGGGAGUCUCUCGUCGCAGCUGUCUUCUCUCAUGUCAGAUUCCCCAUGAUGUGUCCCAACCAGCUGGCUAAGCUGCUGCUGUGCCCGCUCACGCAGGAACACAAAGACUUCUUCAUGGAGAGGAUGGCCAUCGCCAUGAGCUACCAGUCAGGUCAAUACGAACGCGUAUCAGAAGUCCAGCAAACCGAAGCCGGCCGCAUGCUAUUCACGCCCCGACUCUACACCGAAGACACGUGGGGCUCAGUGUUAGCCGUGGACAACUUCCACUCGCUGCCCUGCUACCACACCCGGACCUUCAUCUUCAGCACGAGACCCUCGAUAGCUGAUGUGGCUCCUCAGGAUAAGCUGACGGAGUGGACGGUGGAUUUGUACCCGAAAGGGGUGUGGUUUAGGAAGAGCUUGCUGAUUGUGUGGGCGGGGACUUAUGACGUGCCGGAAGUUGUAUUGCGGACGGUGCGGAUAUCUAUCACGUGUCAGAACUGCCCCGAGUAUACUGUUAACCAGUAUGGCGAGACUGAGCAGUUGGAACCUGAUGUCAGGGUUAAGAUCGGUAUCCUAGUGUGGGGCGUUCAGAAAGGAGUAGAACAUGUGUCCUCCGUCGUGGAACGAGUGCAUCGGUUUUCACCACAAAACAGAGUGCUGAACAUAGACGGCGCCCUGGACUUCGACGAGCUGAACACGCCGCUGUACUCGCCCGCGCCCAAGCGGGACCUGUCGCCCGCGCCGCCCACGCACAAGUACAGCGCUUGUAACACUGGCAGCAAGCGUUGUUCCAAGUGUUCGGAUACCUGCGACUUCCCCGAACCGAAACAUCUGUUGGGUCCUAACAAGGAUCAGCUGCGGAUACAAGUAGUAAUAGUUCCUCUAACGGACUACUGCCACGUGAGCUCGAGCGAGGCGGCGCAGGGAUGACGUCACAACAUCGCGCACUCGCUCUGCCGCCCCCCCGCCACGCAUGAGUGAACGAGAUGCAUAUAUUUCUCUCAGUUACUGCUUUGCUGCAAGAGACGAAGGUGAAUAGAUGUUGGUGAGGUAUGCUUGUUAACUCUGCCUUGCUUGUGUAAUUUGAUCGUAAAUAGACGAAAACCUAAGACAAUCCUAACUAAUAUUAGAAAUGUGAAAUUUGGUACAGACAUAGUUUGGAACUUGAGGGAAGGAGGUAGGAUAGUUUUUAUUACAAAAAAAUAUAAAAAUAAAAUUCAUUCCGGACAUAAGCGCCAUCUAUUGGUCAAACCAAAAAUCUGCCGGAAGUCACUAUUCCACGCGAACGUGUCAAUAAUAUAACUCAUAUAUCUGAAUGGCACAUGUGGUACCUUAUAUCCAUGUGUGGCAUGUUCCCUUCGGGACGCGGGUAAAACCGCGAGCGAUGCGCAUAUUGUUCUUUCAUAUAUGCCGUUACACAAACUUUCGCCUUUAUAUUGUAAAAAAGAUAUUUAAAGUGUCAGUUAUCUGACAGUUAGCAGUGCUAUGUGCCUGUAGCCUGCCUAAAAUUUCCGUCAGAUAUUGCAAACGAAACCUCUGAAACCAAAACCAUGAUAAAAACUGUCAGAGACUCAGUAACCGGUAAAACUGACCAUAAGAUAUGUUUCCAUCUCUGUCUUACUAUAGUUAUUUGGCCAUUGAAAGAAGGUGACAAGCAUACUUCUUAGCAAUUAACAUCUUUGUCUCGUUUAGCCACUGAGUUUGUUAAGUACAUUAAUUAUUAGAAAUACUUUUACACCAUAUUGUUUAAAUAUGUUUCGUUGAAAAUAUUAAAAUAUUUUUUUAAAGAAUUUCAAGUAUAAAUUAUAUUAUGUUAGCUGAAAGAAUGGUGUAAAUUAUUUUAGUUAAUGAAUAGCAAAUUUUGCAAAAAACCCCGGUGUGUUACCGGGUGAUUUUGGUUAAGAUUGCUAGGUUCAUUUUAUUAGCCUGAUAAGUUAGAUAAAAUAUAUAUGUAAAUUAUUAUGUAUGACGAGGGUAGAUAAACGACUGGAUUAAGGAAGGUCUAUUUGAGAUGAAAAACUCAUAGUUCAAUGUUUGUAUGGUUGAAGUAAGGAUUUUAAUGUGUUAUAUACUCACUGUGGGUCGCUUCACUUACCUAUAAUGCUAACCGAACCAUUUUCAGUUGUCAAAUCGCCGAUGUGACCAUUGGGCGGCAAGUAUACGGCUGGUCAUGGUUUGGUCAUAGUUAUAGUUAAAUGGUGCAACUCUCCCUUACUGUAUUAAUAUUAAAAUUCUAGAGUAAUCAAUGACAUUAAUGUGAGGGUUCAGGCGCUUUUUACCAACCAUAUUGAUGUACUUAAACACAUGUGUCUAUUAUUGUCUGAAUUUGAUCGAUUUUCAAGUCUGUAUUAAUAAAUUGAAUUACUUUGGCUUUGUUAUAAUUUGUAUCAUAAUCAAUUUGCUAUUAAAAUCGAUGUUCUUGAAAUAAUUCGACCAUUGUCACUAUUGAAGAACAGUUGUGUUUUUGAGCCCUUAUAAUUAUUUGUACAUUGUCUGGUAGCUAAACCUAAUUUAUAUUUGUUAAAAUGUUAUUGUUCUCGAUGUAAACCUUUUUGAUGUAAUAUCUCGGUGUUGGUUAAAUUCAUGAGUGUUGCCAUUCAUCAAAAAUAAUAGUAUCACAUUAUAAGUAUAAAAUGAUAAUUGCGAAUGGAUGAAAAUUUAAUUUAAUAUAAUAAAUAAUGUUACAUAAUAAUUCAAUCAAUGUAAUAUGUAGAUAAAUUUAUUGCAAGCCUAAUAUUUAUGUUGUAAUAUUCCGUUAUUUGGGGUCUAGUUUUUUAAACCUCUUUUUAUAUUUCUUAAAAUGUUUUAGGAGCUUAGGUACGCCGAAAUAAUAUGUUACGUAACUUUGCAGCGCUCCAUCUAUGUGUAAAUAAAUUGUUUUUAGUUUUAAAA